CACAGAAUACAACCAAAGCAAGAAACCCUAGUAAAAAUAAAAGUAAAAGGCAAGUGCAAAUAAAGCCUUUAAAACCCCUUGUUCCUCUUCCUAUCCUCAGCUCCCUACCAUUUGAUGCCUCUCUUCUUCUGCCUCCCGCUGCUUCGUUUCUUUCUCAGAAACCUCCGACUUCUUCCCUCGCCACCAACAUGAACCCACACACACCCACUUACGGAUCCGACCCGGCUUCCCCCAACACCACCUACGUCCAAGCCGACCCAUCAAACUUCCGGGCCGUCGUCCAGAAGCUCACCGGCGCAACGGAAGACCCGUUGGCCCAGAAGCUCCCUCUCACCCUCCCCGCCCGCUACACCAACCCCAAACCCGCCGCCGAAGUGGGCCCCCGACGACCCGCCUUCAAGCUCCACGAACGCAGACACAGCACCAAGAAGCUCGAGCUCCACCUCACCACCACAACAGUACUCCCAUCAUCGGCAUGUGUACCCCAGCUUGUUCGGCCGGUGAUGAUGUCACCUGUUUCGCCGUUUGAGUUUCUGGCACGUGGGAGCCCCAGGACGCCGGUGUCACCGUGCGAGGUGGAGGAGGAAGAGGAGCGAGCCAUUAUCGCAGAGAAAGGGUUCUAUCUGCACCAAGCAAGUCCGUUAAGUACACCGCGAGGCUCCGAUCAUCAUCAUCCACCUGAGCUUUUACCUUUGUUUCCUUUGCAUUCUCCUCGAGAUAUCACUCGAACCCAAACCUCAACCUCUAUUUCUUAAAUUAGUUGCUUCAUUACUAAUCAGUCUCCUCCCAAUAACCAUUUUUUUUCUUUUUUUCUUUUUGGAAAUUUGAGUCAUUUAUAUGAUUAUGUACGUUGCUCUGUAAUUGUUACUUCCUCUAUUAUUUAUGAGAAUGCAGCUCGGAAAUAAAUUAUUGGGAAUAAUAA